AUGAGCGGCCCCGGUGUUGGAUUCGAGUACCCCCGCCAGCCCGUUUCCUGGGUCAAGCGCGAUGUGCUGCUCUUUGCGAACACCAUUGGUGCUACCGACGACGAGCUUCACUUCCUCUAUGCAAGUUUUCUCCUCUCAUCUGACUUUUAUGACUUGAGCUCCAUCGCCUCAAUCGACACUGCGAUCAACCCAGCUAACACCGAGCCAGCAUUCAAGGGCGACACCCAGGAGGUUGUCGACUUCUACGCCGCCCAGAAGGCCGUCCAGAUCCCCAACGUUCCUUCGUUCGAUGCCCGCCGCGUCGUCGAUGGCCAGCGCAAGAUUGUGCUUCACAAGACCAUCCCCCCCACUUCGGCCGGCAAGAAGUUCGAAGUCCGAACCAAGGUUCUCGGUGUUUACGAUAAGGGCCGUCCCGGCUCCGUCGUCGAGACCCAGACCGACCUGGUAGAGCUUCCCAGCAACGAGGUCUACGCCAGCGUCAUCACCAGCAGCUUCUAUAUCGCCCAGGGCAACUGGGGCGGCCCCAAGGGCCCCGCGACCGAGAACUUCCCUCCCCCGAAGGACAAGAAGCCUGAUGCCACCUUCUCCCAGGCUACGAACAAGGAGUCAGCGCUCCUCUACCGCCUCAAUGGAGAUUACAACCCCCUGCACGCGACCCCUGAGCCCGGCAAGAAGAUGGGCUUCCCCGGAGCUAUCAUGCACGGACUGUACUCCUGGAACUCGACCGCCCACGGUCUGCUGAAGGCCCUCGGUGGCAGUGACCCUGCCAACAUCAAGGAGUACCAGGCGCGCUUCGCCAGCCCCGUCAUGCCUGGUGACAAGCUGGUGACAGAUGCCUGGAGGACAGGCGAUGUCAAGGAUGGAUGGGAAGAAGUUCGCUUCCAGACCAAGGUCGAGGGUGGAAAGAUCGUUCUGAGCAACGGUCGCGCGCUGUUGAAGGUUGUGGAGUCCCCCAAGUCGAAGUUUGUGGUUGUUGGCAUGUUUGUGAUUGGUAUUGCGAAAGAGCUCACGUACUUGAGUCUCCAUUUUGGACAUCUCAGCGGUGACGACAACUUGCUGGGGCCCGUCGCUGGCACGUCAGGCAGCUGGCUGGGCGUAGAAUGGGACGACACCGGACGCGGGAAACACGACGGCCAACAUAAAGACGUCCGAUACUUUUCAUGUCUCUCAAAAGCCCCCACUGCCGCUUCAUUCGUGCGGCCAACCCGCCGCGCCGACGCUGCGCAGAGCUUCGUCACCGCGUUACACGGCAAGUAUGCCUCUGAGGCGGUCGCGAAGCGCGAGGCGGAGAUUCAGCAGAUCGUCUUCUUUGGUAAGAAACCUGCUGAGGAGGUCGGCUUCGACAAGAUCCGCCGGCAGCUCGCGCGCGUCGAGGACUUGACCAUUGUGAUUCUCGACGGCACGCGCAUCCAGUCGGACGUCGUGGACGGGGACAAGAGCAUCAAGGAGACGAGCCCCCUCAUUUACGAGCUGGAUAUCAGCAGGAACCUGUUUGAGGAGUUUGACCAGGUGAUCAAGAUCUGUCAGGAGCUGGACGGCUUGAAAAGUUUGAGACUUAAUGGUAACCGCUUCCGAGUCAUCGAGACGGGAGAAACACAGGCCUUUGCAAAAGUGACUGAGCUGGAGCUUGAGGAGACACUGUUAAGCUGGGAAGCGCUCUGCGGUCUUGCUCGCAAAUUCCCGUCUCUCGAGACCUGGAGCUGCAGCUUGAACCAGUUGACCGUGCUGCCCAGCGUCUCGUUCGGAUCGCUCGCUGCUACCCUCACGACCUUGGAUCUCGAAUUCAACGAGUUCACAUCACUCUCUGACAUCGCGGCUCUGUCAUCCCUAGAGUCCCUCCGCAACCUCCACCUCAAGGGCAACAGCAUCGCCACCAUCUCCUCUCCUUCCGGCCCGAUCCCGACAUUUUCAACGAGUCUGCAGUAUCUAGACAUAUCCUAUAACGCCGUCGCAAGCUGGGCCUUUGUAGAUGCCCUCCCCACCUCAUUCCCGGGCCUCACGGCUCUCCGUUUCGCCCACAACCCAAUCUACGACCGUCCCGACCCGGACGCCGCCGCCGGCGACAACCAAACAAAGUCGACGGAUGAGGCACACAUGGUGACCAUCGGCCGUCUCGCCUCCCUCAAGGCUCUCAACUUCACAGCAAUCUCGCCCAAGGACCGCGAGAACGCAGACAUGUUUUACCUCUCCCGCAUCGCCAGGCAGCUCGCCUCCGUGCCCGAGGCCGCCGAGCCCGAAGUCAUUGCCCAACACGCCCGCUACAAGGAACUCUGCGACCUCUACGGCGCGCCGGACGUCAUCCGCCGCGACGAGAUUAACCCUACCUACCUUGAGGCUCGUCUCAUCACCGUACACUUCACCCACGUCGCGGCAGCGGCAGCACAUACAGACGGCGGCAGCCGGGACGAAGGACAGCAAGUGACCAAGACGGCCACGAUCCCCAAGUCCUGCGACGUCUACGCCGUCAAGGGGAUCGCGGGACGGUUGUUUGGUGCGGAGCCUCUGCGGCUGCGUCUGGUGUGGGAGACUGGCGAAUGGGAUCCCGUCGGCGGGUUCGACGAUGAGGAGAAUGCGGAUGAUAGCAGCGACGAGGAAGAUGCUACCGGAAGGAGCGGUGAGGGCGCUGCUGGGGCGCAGGAGGCGAGAGGAGGUAGAUGGGUCAAGAGGGAGGUUGAGCUUAGGGAUGGGCCGAGGCAGUUGGGGUUCUGUGUGGAUGGAAUGGAUGUCAACAUUCGCGUGGAAGAUAGACUGCAUUUUGUUUCGUUUGUAGCGUCUAGACUGCGUAUCAUUGCGUUUGCUGCGUCUGUACAAGCGAUAUGGGCAUGUAUGCAUCCUGCCGAGCAGAAGAUUGCAACAAACGGAAGGGCGGAGAAUAAGACAAGACAGAGCUCCGGACAGAAAUAUGACUUCACUGCCCCAUCUCCUCUUAAUCUAAAACAGCCUCAUAUCCCAUUUAUUCGGGUUGAAACCCUUGAGAGGUCCUUAGAAUCAGUACACGUCCCAACCAUGCCGCCCAAAGUCACCAACGCCACUACUUUCAACACAGCCGCUGGCAACACCAGGAAGGGCCUGUCUCACUCGAUUCACAGCCCACAAGCGGACGAUGGCCCUCAGAUACGACCGACACACUUCAUCAUUCGCGAGGGAAGCGCCAGCCCAGGGGCUAUUGUACCCGUCAUACCAGUCGACCUUCUCCCAGACUAUGUGACCAUCGUCGGCCUGCCACGUACACUGACCAUCAACGACACCACCGGCAUGUCGAAUCUGGGCACAUUCGCCAAGCCGCAGAGUCACUUUCAGCUACAGUUCGUAUCCCCAGCGCAUGAUCGUUCCACCGGAGAAAGUCCUGAGAGCCGAGAUUCUGGCCGUCCUCUCGAACCCCAGCGGGUGGGACCUGACGCUGCAAAGGUUGGCAAGCAGUCUCAUGCAACAAAGCGCGGCGGAGUCACUGAGUCUUCAAAGUCAGCUGCCUCGCAACCAACUCCCAAAAUCAUGACCGACGUCUCUCCACUCGCUCCUCCCCCUCUCCCACCCCGGGUCCUCGACUGGGCCGAAGACGACACAGACUCGGUCUCGACAGACAACUUCUCCUCGGCCGAGCUCUCCGCGCCAGACUCCUCGUCAAAGUCCUCCUCCGGCUGCAGAGACAAACGAAAACCGCUCCGACGAGUCCCGGUCACGGCUGCGGCCGCCAUCAAGGAGAGAUCGGAUGCCGAGAUCGCGGAGCGUAUGCUCGAGCUCGGUCGCAUCCAGCAGCAAGCAGUCGCUCGCAACCACCAUCACCAUCCUGCCCAGGCCCUGAAGAUGGCCGCAGCAGCGGCGGCGGCGGCGUCUCACAGCAGUGACGGCAGCACCAGAACCAGCUCCAGUAUUGCCGCCGGAACCUCGAAGCCUACCCCUCCUAAGCUCACCGCAGGGAAGCAAAAGGUAGUCCGGCCGGACGGCAGCCUCUGCCGGCACUGGUGCCAGACGGGCCAGUGCAGCUGGGGCAACGAGUGUCGCUACACGCACCAGAUGCCCCUGACGCUCGAGGGGCUCGCGGACGUCAACAUGACGGAGCUGCCGUCCUGGUGGCGCAAGCAGGCCGGCUUGCCUGCUGAAGGGACCAUUGACCCGCGCAUCUUUGCUGUCGCCACCGUUGCCACCGGUCUAAAGAAGAGCAGCAGCAGCCCCUUUCCGGCGGCAGUAGGCGUCUCUCACACUGCUCCGCCGCCGGUGGCUCUUGAGUCGUCAAGGAAGGUUGCUAGUGUGAAGCCGGGAAAGGCUGAGAGGAAGAUGGCGAGGGAGCUUCGUGGCGCGCAGUUUCGGGUCGAGAGGACGCAGGCGACAAUGUCAUCUCCAGUUGUUGCUAUUGGCAGUAAGAAGAAACUGAGUUUGGGGCGAAUGCAGAGUCAGACAAUGGGGAUUCGGCAGAUUGACGAGGUUGUUGAGAAGCUUUCAAUGCAACUCAAUUUGAUGUACUUCUCUUUCGAAAGCCACCUUGCGCAGUUGCUAGAAGCCAUUGUCAGGCUUGCUUGCAAACUUGCCAAGUCCAAUGUGACUUGCUCAAAAUUCCCAAUAUUGAAGCCGGACUUGCAUAAUCUCCGUUACGCUUUCAAGUUGAUAAUGGUUGUGGUAGAUGCUAAAUCCGUCUACUGGUUCUUAACCCCGUCUAGACUCCAGCGAAUGAAAGCGUGCCAAGGCAGUUUAUCGUCCAGUGUACGGUACCUGCGCAGACGACCUACUGCACCCCCACACUGUACUUUGGCAACCUAUCUGCCGUGGAAGGAAGUGCUUUGGUGCCGUGGUGGGGGUGUAAAGCAUUUCGGUCUCCGCGAAUUCGUCAUUGAAGCCGUUUUACCAUUUGCACAUGGGGAUAGCCAGGAGUCUCGAUAUUCACUACAUCUCGAUAGCUCGAUAACAGCAUCCAUACCCCGCAGCUCAAGUCUCACGAAUUAUUCAGCAACUGGAAGCCGGCGUCUCCUUUUACACACAAAUUUUCAUAACAUCGCCAAAAAGCAGCACGCAAACAUGCCCAAGCUCAACGGACAAGAAGUUGGCCAGAUCGGCUACGGCCUCAUGGGCCUCACAUGGCGACCCCAGCCCUGCUCAGAGGAGCAGGCUUUCGAGGCCAUGCGCACCGCCCUCGCCAACGGCAACAACUUUUGGAACGGCGGGGAAUUCUACGGAACGCCAGAGUACAACAGCAGCACCCUCCUGGAGCGCUACUUCGCAAAGUACCCCGAGGACGCCGACAAGGUCGUCCUGAGUAUGAAGGGCGGCCUCAUCCUCCCGCAGCUCAAGCCCGACGGCUCGCCCGAGAACGUCCGCCGCUCUCUCGACAAGAUCCUCUCCCAGCUCGGGGGCAGGAAAAAGGUUGACAUUUUCGAGUGCGCGCGGCGGGAUAAGAAUACGCCCCUCGAGGUCACGUUCGGCGUCAUUCAAAAGGAGUACAUUGACACGGGCAAAGUUGGCGGCAUCACACUCUCCGAGGUCUCGGCGGCCACCAUCCACGAGGCCGUCAAGGUAGCCAAGAUUGUCGGCGUCGAGGUCGAGCUCAGCUUAUUCUCGACCGAACCCCUAACCAACGGCGUCGCCGCCGCGUGCGCGCAGUACGGCAUCCCCAUCAUCGCCUACUCGCCCAUCGGUCGUGGCAUGCUCACGGGCGAGGUCAAGUCGCUCGACGACAUUCCCCAGGGCGACAUGAGGCGGCACAUGCCCCGCUUCCAGCCCGACACGUUCGACAUCAACAUCAAGCUCGUGGAGCAGGUCGAGGCGCUGGCCAAGAAGAAGGGCGUCACACCCGCACAGCUAGCCAUCGGCUGGGUCGUCGCCCUCUCCAAGAGGCCCGACGUGCCCGAGAUCAUUCCCAUCCCGGGUGCCACGACGGCGGCGAGGGUCACGGAGAAUGCCAAAUUGGUGGAACUCACCGAGGAGGAGAUGGCAGAGAUUGACGCGACGCUGGCCAAGUUCGAGGUCGCAGGUGGCCGCUACCCCGACGGUGCCCCCGUCAACACCUAA